AUGAAUGACUAUAUGUGUAGAAAUUUCUUUGCUAUAAGGAACUCGAUUUCCGAUAAAUUGGACAAUAAAGGAAACUAUCAAAUUAUUAUUGAAAAUAAUUUAAAUGGGUAUUGUAGUGGUAAUAAGUGUGUUCAUGAGCUCGAAAAAAUUAAUGCUGGAUGUUUAUAUUUGCUUGAUGCAUUUUUUAAGGAUUCUUCUGUGUUUAAUUCGGUUGCAAAAGGUAACAUCAAUAUUGUUGAUUAUAUUAUAAUAUGGUUAAGUUAUAUGUUAAACCUAAAGCCCCAAGUAGGAAAUACAAGCAAUCUACAAUAUUUUUAUAAUACAUAUAUAAAGGGUGGUGAUAAGUAUAAAAAGUCUAUAGCUGGUGUUGCGGAGUAUAAAGAUUAUGAGGAUCUUAUAAAUAAAAGACUUGAUUUGAUAAAUAUGGAUAUGAAUAUUAUAUCUAAAUUUUAUGGUGCAUUUCAUACAUUAUGUAUGAUGUAUAUGGAAUUUGAUGAAAAAAAUCCAAAUUGCAAGAAAUGUUCGGAAUAUGCUAAUGAGUUUGUUAAAAAAUAUAAAAUACUUAAGGAAGAUUCUAAUAUUACUAAAAAUAGUUCAUGCAGUCAAAUAUUGUUUAGUUUAUCAAAUUAUUAUGAUAAUUUUAAAAGUUAUUGUAAUAGUAAAGGUGGUAAUUGUGAAAAGUAUCCAGCUCUUCCAACGGUAGAAAAAAUACAAACUUCUGCACAAGAAAUUGUACAUAUUUCUGAAGAUACAUCAUCAAGUUCGUCGAUAACAAACAAAUUAUUUAUAGUUUUAUCGAUAUUUGGUGCAAUAGCAUUUUUUUUAGGAAUUUCUUAUAAGUAUUCGUUAUUUGGAUUUCGGAAACGAUUUAAAAAACAACAAAUAAGAGAAAAAAUAAAAAAUAUAAAGAAGAGAAUGAAUCAUUAA